CGCCGGCGCUUCAUUCACUUGCUGAACUACACAUCCCAAUUGUCCUUGCGAGGCAUGUGACUCUGUCUCCCGUGAGCGCGGACAGGGGUUGCUACAGCUGCGCCCUACUUUCUUUGGUUCCCUUGUGGACCCCCACCAACGACUUAGAAUCGACUCUGCCAUGGAGGAGGCCGACCGAAUCCUCAUCCAUUCCUUGCGUCAGGCCGGCACGGCAGUCCCUCCAGAUGUACAGACUCUACGAGCCUUCACUACUGAGCUGGUUGUUGAGGCUGUGGUCCGAUGCCUGCGUGUCAUCGAUCCUGCUGUGGGCUCUGGUCUCAGCCCCUUGCUACCACCAGCUAUGUCUGCCAGGUUUCGCCUGGCUAUGAGCCUGGCUCAGGCUUGUAUGGACCUGGGCUAUCCCUUGGAACUUGGCUAUCAGAACUUCCUCUAUCCCAGUGAGCCUGACCUCCGUGACCUGCUCCUCUUCUUGGCUGAACGGCUGCCCACUGAUGCCUCUGAGGAUUCAGACCAGCCCGCAGGUGACUCGGCUAUUCUCCGCAGGGCCAUUGGGAGUCAAAUCAGAGACCAGCUGGCCCUGCCCUGGGUCCCACUUUUCCUACGCACUCCCAAGCUGCAGCGCCUCCAGGGCUCAGCCUUCCAGCAGCCAUUCCGCUUCAGCAAGCUGGUCCUGCCUGAACUAAAUUCCAAAGGAGAGGCACGGGAGUUCCAGGCGAGUCCUCUCCUCCUGCCAGUCCCCACACAGGUGUCCCAGCCUGUGGGGAGGGCGGCCUCGCUCCUUGAACACCAUGCUAUCCAGCUCUGCCAGAAUGUGGACCAGGACCACCAAGGGGACAAGGAUUGGGUGCGCCGGGCACCCCGCCUCCUACCCCAGGAGGAUCCUCGGGCUCCACGGCAGCGGCUACGGAAGCAGCUGGCCGAGCAUCUACGCCAAAGCUGGGGCCCACUUGGGGCCCCCACACAUGGCCGAGACCUGGGAGAUCUGCUGCAGGCCUGGGGUGCUGGGACCAAGACUGGUACUCCCAAAGGCUCCCGCUUCACGCAUUCAGAGAAGUUCACCUUCCAUCUGGAGCCCCAGGCAGCACAGGUGGCAGACAUACCAGCUACCUCCCAGAAGCCUGAACAGGACAUGCGGGCAGCUCAAGAACAGGAGCUAGAGUCCCUUCGGGAGCAGCUGGCAGGUGUGAACCACAACAUUGAAGAAGUUGAAGCGGACAUGAAGAUCUUGGGAAUCAGCCUUGUGCAGGUGGAGACCGAGUGUCGGCAGAGUGAGCUCAGCAUGGCUGAGCAGAAGCAGGCUCUGCGCCUGAAGAGCCGGGCGGUGGAACUGCUGCCUGAUGGGGCUGCCAACCUUGCCAAGCUGCAGUUCGUGGUGGAGUGCAGUGCCCAGCGGGUCAUCCAACUAUCAGGUCAGUGGGAGAAACACCGAGUCAUGCUUCUUGCUGAGUACCGCCACCUCCGAAAGCUCCAGGAUUGCAGGGAGCUGGAAUCUUCUCGACGGCUGGCAGAAAUCCAGGAGCUACAUCAGAGUGUUCGGGCAGCUGUGGAAGAGGCCCGCCGGAAGGAGGAGGUCUAUAAGCAGCUGGUUUCAGAGCUGGAGGCUCUGCCAAGAGAUGUCUCCCGGCUGGCCUACACUCAGCGCAUCCUGGAGAUUGUGGGCAACAUCCGGAAGCAGAAGGAAGAGAUCACUAAGAUCUUGUCUGACACGAAGGAGCUUCAGAAGGAAAUUAACUCCCUCUCUGGGAAGCUGGACCGGACGUUUGCGGUGACUGAUGAACUCGUGUUCAAGGAUGCCAAGAAGGAUGAUGCUGUUCGGAAGGCCUAUAAGUAUCUAGCUGCCCUGCAUGAGAACUGCAGUCAGCUCAUUCAGACAAUUGAGGACACAGGCACUAUCAUGCGGGAAGUUCGAGACCUUGAGGAACAGAUCGAGACGGAGAUGGGCAAGAAGACCCUCAGCAACCUGGAGAAGAUCUGUGAGGACUACAGAGCCCUUCGCCAGGAGAAUGCUGGCCUCCUGGUCCGGGUCCGGGAGGCCUGAGGAACCCUGAGGGAGGCCCCUUGGUUACAGGCAGGGAUUUGGGGUGCUGGAUGUGGUGUUUUAGCACUUGCUCUAUGUUUUUUCCUCAGUUUGCCAUCCAGUUCCUUCUACUAUGGCCUUAGACCUGGUCGCUUACCCACCUGGCCCCAACCCUGAUAGGGGUGAUUGUUUAGCAUGUUAGGGCUCAACUGCAAUUUAUUGGGUGGGCACUGGGGACUGGGGACUUUGGAUGCCAAAUAAAGGAGAAAUUCUUCUGUA